GUGUAAUAAAAACAAACAGUUGUAUGUAGCUUUGUUUCUGCUGGGGUUUGCUUACUAGCAUUUGAUAUUAACCAACUGUAUCAUUUGAGCACCAUGGUGAAGUAAUUUGGACUGAAGUGAGACAUCUUCUAAAUCGCAACUGUAAUACAGCAUUCGGGUGACUAGUAAUGGACUGGCUGACGGGUGCUAACUCACAAAUCGACAUCAUCCUCAACAACCUCGAAAGUAAACCAGAGGCAGAGACCAAAUCGGACGACAAUUCAGGCAACAAAGUGCGUCUUCCGGUCUUCCUAGACGGAGAAACGAUAUCAGGAUCAGUCAAUAUAAACCUGAAGAACAACAAGAAACUAGAACACGCCGGCAUUAAAAUUGAAUUCAUAGGCGACAUUCAGCUUUUCUUCGACAAGAAUACUACGCAUGAAUUUGUAUCUGUCGUUAAACAGCUUGCGAGACCCGGCGAAUUGACGAGGUCGAGCUCGUUUAAAUUUGAAUUUCCCAAUGCAGAAAAACCCCACGAGUCGUACGCAGGCCAAAAUGUGAGGCUGAGAUACUUUCUAAAAGUGACUAUCAUCAGGAAGUACAAAGUGUCGCCGACUAAAGAGUACCCCAUACUUGUUCACGCCUUGCACUAUUUCCCGGAAAAGAUUCCGCAGACACUGAAAAUGGAAGUGGGCAUUGAGGAUGCCCUGCAUAUUGAGUUUGAGUUCAACAAGAGCAAGUACCACUUGAAAGAUGUGAUUGUGGGCAAGAUUUACUUCAUUCUUGUGAGGCUCAAACUGAGAGUAAUGGAACUGCAGCUGCUCAAGAAAGAAAUUACAGCGCGAAAGAAAGAGUAUCCAGGGCAGGGUACAACGAGGGUGGAGGAGGAGGAGAUGGUGGUGAAGUAUGAGUUGAUGGACGGGUCCCCAGUGAAGGGGGAGACCAUCCCCAUCCGCCUGUUCCUCAUUCCCCUCGCACUCACCCCCACCUUCAGAGACAUCUCCAAGAAGUUUUCAGUCUCCUACUUCAUCAACCUAGUACUCAUAGACGAAGACGAACGCAGGUACUUCAAGCAACAGGAGAUAACUCUCUACAGGAAAACCGACAAGGCUUUUUCACAUCUAACUAGUGCUGCUGGUGCCCUCUCCACCGAAGACAGCAAGCGGUCGGCAGUUCAAAAUGCCAUGAGUAAUGGGAGGGCCACUUUCCAGCCCAACAACACCAACGCCGCCUCAAUACAUAAUCAUCACUAUUCCUCCUCUAAUUAUUCACCUCAAGUCAACGGAGACGUCGGCUCAGUGCCCCCAGUAGCUUCUGAGAGGUCGCCAAAAACAACAUCAAAGAAAGGCAAUAGCAGUGAAUUGACAAGUGACGGAGAUAUGACUUGAGCGCAGCAAAGACAGCAUUCGAUUGAAGGAAAGAACUGAAAUUUUUUCGACAGUUUUGGUUACGUAAUUGAUGUAUUUUAAAGCAUCUGAUGUAAAAUCUCGCUUUUCUUUUUUUUUAAUGACCCAUUCCUCACCAUCUUUAAUUAGAGGUAGCCAAAGCAUUUUAAAUGCAAGAAAGUGCAAAUUGGUUCUUUUUGACGGGUCAUCGUGAAAAGGAUCUAAUUGGAAAGAACCAAUACAAUGAAUUGGAUGGGUCACUGUUAUGGGUAUAGCGGCCAAUGGCAAAACCAUUUUGGGGAUCAUAAUUUUGCUGGUCCUUGCUUUGAUUAAUUAUAGCUUUUCAAGUUGUAACUCGAAAGAAAGUUGAAAUGAUGCUGAUCUAUUAAGACUAAUGCAAGGGUGCUUAAUUACGAUUUCAUAUGUUAUUGUUUCGUUGCAUUCGUUUCAAAGUGUGUCUUAAUCUGUGAUAUGUUGAAAGUAAGUUAUGAAAAAAAAAGUUGAAGGAUGAUUGCAUCCCGAUCAGAUUCGAUUUCCGUUCUUAUCAGUGCCUGAUUCACUCUUUGUCUCUCCCUCUCUCUCUCGCUUUCUCUCAAUUGCGAUGCCUGAAAGUUCAAUCAAAUUAAAUUCAAGUCAAUGAAGUUGUUUUCAUUCAUAAUCUAUUUUAUUUAAAUUACUAUUUGCAGACGAAGUAUAUCUUUCCUAAG